CCCGCCCACAGAUGGAAAAUGGCGGAUUAGGAUGGGAUGGGCCUCUUAUUGUGUUCUUUAUAGGAGAAAUGUUCAGACUUUUCAUCUCGUGUGUUCGAAGUUUCUGAGAAACGGUUUUAAAGGUUUAAAGGAUCCGCGGCGGUGUGGAAGCGCCUGCUGACAGAACUCUGAGCGGGAAAGUCUCGGGCUUGAUGCUGCUCAGAUGGAGUGGACGAAGAAGAGGUGGAGUUUACAACUGUUAAAUAGACGGAUGGUCUGAGGUGUUACCACGGAAACGGAUGGACCAUAUGACACGCCUGAUUGGCCGUGUGCUGCUCUUUACUCAACACUACGUUCCUUAUGUCUCAGCCCUGCACUCAACACAGGCUCACUUAUUGUCUCUUUGACGUGAAGCCUACAUCAGCGGUGAGAGUAGACAAGGCUUUGUUGCUGGAAGAAGGUCAGGUAAAUCUGCUAGACAUUUGACGGAGAGCUCCUGCCUGCAUCCCUCAGAGUAGAGACGUGGUUUAUAUAACGCUCCGAAGAACCACGGCACAGAUGCCCAGGCCGUCUCCUCUCUGCACCUCUCAGAGGGCAGCUGAGCCUGCUAAAAGCCCUCUCCCUUCUUCUCCCUCUACAUCUCCAUCCUCACCUUCAUCUGCUCCCUCUUCCCCCUCCUCUCACUGCUCAACCUCACCCAGAAGAAUGGGAAAAGGAUAUCGCGAGGAUGAGGAUGGCAGCCAUGCUGGGAACGAUCGGCUCAGAAAAGCCGGAGGGGACGGUGUGUCUUCGACGUCGUCAUCUUUGGCUCCGCCGUUACUCUCCGCACCUCCUUCGGCUUCUUUACGUUGUCUGUCCUCAUCACCUCAUCUUUACAAUGAUGGUCAGAGAGACGGUGUUGACAUGGAGAUAUACGACCCCUUUCAGCCCACAGAGGGCGAGGGCGUACCAGGCAUAGAGGCAGGGGAUGAAGGAGAUAAGUAUGACCCUUUUGAACCCACCGGAUCACCAGCAUCAGAGAAAGAGAUGGAUGGGGAGCAGGAUGUAGAGGAAGAAAGUUCAGUCAACAGCUUACAAAUGGCAUGUGACAUUAAUGAUGCUAAAGAGGUCGAGCUCGAGACGCCUCAAGAGGCGCAGGGUCCACCUCCAGACUCGACAGAGACGGUAGAGCGACUGUUGGUGUCUGAGUACAUGCCCACCCAGGUGAACAGGAUCAAGCACAUGAGGCAGCGAGGAAAAGACAGGAGAGAAGCGACUGACUCCGAGCACUCUGAAAUAGAAGAAGGAGAGAUUGUGGGUGUUGCUGAGAGCAGAAGAGAAAGGGAGAUUGAGAUAAGAAGGGAGGUGCUGCUUCCAUCCUCAGGGAGUCCUUCGUUCAUGCAGGGGGGAGGUCUCAAACCUGAGAGGAUUUUGCGAGUCCUGGAUGGCGAAGGAUUCGUAUCCGUUCGAGCGGAGGGUGAGUGGGACCACCAGCCCGUGCCCCCUAUUGGCAUGGGAGACCUGAGAAGGAAACUCACCAACAGGCGAAAACAGAGAUUCAGAUCUUGCCCUUCUUCAGCUUCCAUAUCGCCACCCCCUACGUCUGUCCUACCCAUACCGUCUCCCUCCCCACCAGCAUCCCAAGCCCAGGCCACAGAGAAGAUAAGGAGUCGCAAAUCAUCCAAAAGCUCUAAGGAAAGGGGCCGGCGAAAGCUGAAAGGCCAGGACAAGGAGAAGCGAAAGAAGAGGAAAGAGGAAAAGGGGGAACCAGAAAGAGCAAGUGGAGAGAACAAGGAGAGGGAUCGUGAAAGGAGGAGCAGAAGAGAAGGGAAAGAGGAGAACAGGAGAAGGAACAGCCGGAGUUAUAGUCAAACAAGGAAGAGCACGCAUCACAGCACUCCUGAGCCGGCAUCACACUCACAUAAUAGCUCUCGGCACCCACACAGCCGCAGAUCCUGGUCCAGCCCCUCGGAAGGCCACCAAAGAGGGAGGGAUCGUGAACGAGAUCGGGACAGAGACCGAGAAAGAGAUCGAUACAGAGAAAGGAGGAGAGAUACCCGGGAAAGAGAGAGAGAUAAAGACUCCAGAAUGAGAGAAAGAAGGAAAAGAGAUCGGAAUGAAGGAAGCAGGAGGUCAAGUAGCCGAGAGAGGGGCGAUGCAAAAAGGAGGAGAGGAAGUAGGGAUGGAAGAGACAGGGAGAAAGAAAGUGGGAGGGAAAGGGAACGGGACAGGAGAAGAGAUGGCCGGCCUGUCGUACCUCCGUCUAUUCAAGAUCUGAACGGCUCAGACCUUUUUGCGAUCAAACGUACUAUCACUGUUACCACUACACCCUCCACUACCUUGGUCCCUACCUCUCCGUCCCAUGCCCAGGAUCGGUCGAGGAGUCCUGCACAGGGCUCAGACAAACCCCGCAAGCGCAAGAGGAAACGAAGGAGACGCUCUGAUGAGGAAGAGGAGCGCACGAGCAGAUCUCCUCCAACCUCGCUUAGCCCGCUUCGAUAUCAUGCCUUUGAACCAGACCGGCUCUCGGACCACCCCGAGCCAGACAUGCUUUCUUUGGAUGGAGAGGCACUGGACUCGGAUUACCCUUCACUUGAGGACUCCCCAUUGCUCCCUCCUCCCCCUGAGCCUCCUCUGCCAAGCCCCAAACUCAAAUCCAUGGCUCCCAAAAGUAGUCGGCACCAUCAGAAGAAGAAAUCCAGAUCUAGGAGCAAAAAACUGGGCCAGUCUGAGUCGUCCACUUCCUCCUCUUCUCACAGACCAAAAACAAGCAAAAGUAAAAGCCUUUUGCCCUCACUAUCUUCACCUCUUUCUGCAUCCUCUGUCAACACCGCUUCCCUUCCUCUCACAGCUUCUUCACCCUCUGCUAAAAGAGUACGGAGGACUGGGAAAGAUAAACCAAGUAAGAAGGAAUUGGGUCGCUCAGGAAGAUCCAAGAAGCUUGGCGGAAGCAGCAAGAAGGGUAAACUACAGUCUAAAGUCUCAGUGCUGGUUCGGGAGGGAGUAAGCAGCACCACGGGAAACUCCGGUAAACUGGGUAUCGAUCUGCUAGGAUCCAGUGGAACAACUGGUCCUUCAGUGGUGGGGGGGUCUAUAGCUGUGGUUUUCCGUCGGGACAACGAAAGCCGAUCUCCGUUCCUGAAGCCCUGCUCAGAACCGCUUUCCCUGCCUGGUAGAGUCAAAGAUUUGAACAAGACUGGCAAGCAACGGAAUACCCUUUCAUCCAUGCCCUCAACAAACCCAGCAGGACUCAAGUCAAAAAAAGUCAAGCCAAGCUCUACCACCUCCACAUCAUCAUCUGCGUCCUCGCCCACAUCAUCCUCAGCGGCAAAGCGCAGACGAAGGCCAGGAAAGAAGCCUCGGGAGAAGGGCCUAGUAGUUGACGGGUCUAAUGCCAAAGGUGCCAACAGCAGUGCUUUGGGAUCUGGUUGGACUGGAGCUUCAGAUAUUCAGCCUUUAGGUGGAAUCGGUCCUAAACCAUCGAGUCCUCCCUCCACACAUCCUGGACCUACACCUUCAUCAUCUUCUUCAUCAUCAUCUUCUUCCUCAUCUACCAGUGUCCUUCCCCCAUCUUCCUCGCCCCCUCACACUCCUCCUUUGUCUUUACCACCUUCUCGAGACACUAGAGAAUCUUCUCCAGACUCUCAGACUGUAGAUAGCAGCUGCAAGACCCCUGAACCUUGUUUCCUUUCAGAAGAGUGCCCUGCUCAGUCCCAAUCCACUCUACUUGCACCUGCUAAGUCACCUCCUAGUCCACCACCAUCAAGAGGGGAUGGAAUUUCACAGUCUGUCACUAAGCUCCUCCCGCUGGAUGAGCAGAAGACAUCACCACCCUGUUCCACUUCAUCAGCGCUGGUUGCAGCUUCUCUUGCUCAUUCCAUUCCUCCUCUGGCUUCUGAACCUUCUUCAUCCUCCUCAGCUUCAGUGUCUUCUUCAACAGUCAGUAAGCCUCCACCCCCUCCUCCCCCACCCUCUGCUGUGCCACCUUUGCCAUGGAGCCUACAGACAGGCGUAGACUGCACUGCUGGAGGUGUACUAGCAUUGACUGCUCUCCUGUUCAAGAUGGAAGAAGCCAACAUUGCCAGUCGAGCCAAAGCACAGGAGUUCAUUCAGGCCACAAGCCAGAUUCUCUCUCAGGCUAACCAGAACCAGUCACAGUCACACUCUACAUCUUCCUCCUCUGCCUCACAAGUUCCACCUCCUCCAUCACAUGCCCCGCCCCCAGGCCCAACUCCCACCCAGUUUAUUCUUCAUGGUUCCCUCCCGUUGGUCGGCUGCACCAAAACCCCACCUUCACACAUACACUCUGGACUUUCAUUGGGUGGUGGAUGUGCACAGACUCCACCUCCUCCACUGCCAACAGGACUGUCCGGGCCAGCAGGGGGCACCACUGAGGCUGGCUGGGAUGGAGACAGUAAAGACCCUGACAAGUAUUUAAAGAAGCUGCACACCCAGGAGAGGGCAGUAGAGGAAGUGAAGCUGGCCAUAAAGCCGUACUACCAGCGCAAAGACAUUAACAAAGAAGAGUACAAGGACAUCCUGAGGAAAGCUGUGCACAAGAUCUGUCACAGCAGGACAGGUGAGAUCAACCCGGUGAAGGUGAGUAACCUGGUAAAACUCUACGUGCAAAGGUACAAGUAUUUCCGGAAGCACGGGCGCAAAAUGGACGACGAUGACAAGGAAGAGCGAGACUCCGCCUCUCUGCACGGCUCCACGUGAUCGGACGUCAGGACCGGAUUGUUCUCGGACCCUCGGGGGAGAGUUUGUGAUUCUCCACCACUGUGCUAUGUGCUGUUCAUGUAAACUCCGCCUCCACACCAUGCCACGCCCCUUUCCUGUGUGUUUAAUCUAACUGUGGGAUUGAAAUCUAGUGCACACUUCAGAUAAAGAACACUUUUUAUAGGACUCUUUUAGGUUUCUUAUGAUUCAAGACACUACAUGGAUGUGCUUUCUCUCUGAAUGAAGAAUGUUUAAAAUAUUCGCCUGAAUGAAUCACAGGCUCCUCCCACUCGGUGAGCGGAGGUAGACGAGUGCAUGUUUGAACCUUCAUGACUUUAUUUUUUUUUUAGUGCAUUUGUUUUUGAAGUCCUUCACGUGUCUGAUGUUCUUCGUAGCACAAAGUGUUGGAUGUGGAGAAAACGGACUUUUCCGGUGACUGUGCUCGACGCCGUUUCUUCAUCUCAGACUCUACAGGCACGUUAGCAGCUUCUCAGACGUGUGGCUGUAGACGUGCAUGUGUUUUAGACUUUAUUUCUACUCCAGGAAGGUGAUGUGAUAAAUCAGAGGUAUAAAAGUGAAGCCGUGGUUUGCGUUUCCUGUCUGCACGAUGCAGCCGGUGUCCCACGAGCUGGGCUUCAGAACGUCAAUAAACUCGAUACAAAAAACCGAGCAGUCAGUCUCGCCGCAGUGCCUGAUGAAGCGGCGAGCGACUUCAGAAAUAAAUAACGUGUUAGUAGAUUUUACUGGCAAUAUAUAAAACAAAAUAUCAGCGCAACUCAAAAUAUCGAAGAAUCUACAAACGUCCUGAAAAAGGAUGACUCCACUUUUCCUUUAUACACCGUGUAUAAAAACUGCAGCGAAUGUAGUCCAUGUUAAAACUUUAGCCGAGGUUUUGUUAUACGAUAAAUGUUUAUUCUACAUGAAUGGGAGAGAAGUGGUGAGGAGGAACGCUGGGGGAAUGAAAGAAAGGCUGAAAUAAAUUAUUAAACCUUUAAUGAAAGGUGAGUGAUGAGUCUUUCUGACAAAGUAUUAGCAAGAAAACAAACAAAAAACAGAUGAUUUGAUGAAAAACUGCAGAUUUAAUGAAACACACUUAUCCUCAGUCCCCACACUCUGUCGUUCAUCAUCACUAAAUCAUGAAGCUGCAGGAUGGAAGAAAUAUAUUUGAAUGAAAAAUAAAGGCUGUUUAAUUUAA